CAGCUAUUGCCUCACUUUCAGGGCAGCGGUCGCCUCAGAUGAGCGUUUUCCACCGGACAGGAAGCAGCUCCCCACUUUUCCUCCUGCAGCUUUUCCACUUCUCCUUGAAGGAAACCUCAAACAUGGCCUCCAACCCAGUGGCCUCCAAGAUAGAGAUGGGGAAGCAGAUGAGCGACGAGGAGAAGCUGUACCGGUUCAACGGGGUGCUGUACCCGAGCCUCAUGUGUCCCGAGGCCAACAUGAGGGCGCUGGACGACAUACGAGCCAGAGAGGAUGACGUUGUGCUGGUGGCCUAUCCAAAAUGUGGCUUUAACUGGAUGGUUGGAGUUGUGAGGAAGAUCAUGGGUGCGGCCACAGGCACGAAAGUCGAAAGCAAGGGGCCGCCGCUGAUCGAGUUCUUCGGUCCAGACAUCGUGAAAUCCACGGGGGAAGCUCCCUCUCCGAGGUUUCUGGGGACUCACCUUCACCCAGACAACAUCCCCCCGACCUUCUACGAGAAGAAGUCGAAGAUGCUGGUGAUCUUCAGGAACCCCAAAGACACCCUGGUCUCCUACUAUCACUUCUGCAACAACAACCCGGUCCUGCCGUCUCUGAAGUCCUGGGACUCUUUCUUCAGCCAGUUCAUGAGCGGCGACGUUCCCUGGGGGUCGUACUUCGAUCACAUCUCGGCCUGGGACAAGAAGAUGGACGACCCCGGUGUCAUGGUGGUCACCUAUGAAGAGUUAAAGAAGGACCUGACCGUGGGCAUCCGUCAGAUCUCCCAGUUCUUCGGCUUCAGCCUGACGGAGGAUCAGGUCCAGCAGAUCGCAGGAGCGAGCACCUUCAGCGCCAUGAAGGAGACGGCCGUCAACUCCCACGGCAACAUGGGGAACGUCAUCUUCAGGAAAGGUGAAGUCGGAGACUGGAAGAACCACUUCACUCCAGAACAAAGCCGUGAGAUGGACGAAUAUUUCAACAAACAUCUGGCGGGAACCAGACUGGGGGCCAAAAUGGACUACCAGCAGUACUGCCAGUAGGAACCAGAGAGAGAGAAGAGGGAUGUUUGUCCUCGGUUUAAAUCUCUAAGGACAACUAUGACCUGGAUGCCUGAGAAAGACCUUAACAAUAAUAAUAAUCAUCAUUUGUCAGUAUAUAUCUCACAAAACACAAUGAAAUAAAUCAUUUACUUUUAACCUGUCACUAGCUACAAUGAGAACAGUCUAUAAACUCUUCAUUUCAUAACAGACAACAGACUUCCACUUACGAGUUCUGAAAUAAUCUGCCGUACAUUACUAGCUGCUUCAACCGAGCCACGCUGGGGUCGCUGCUGGCAAACAGCAACAGCUCGCAACACCUCGCAAUUCAAAUGUUUCAAGGUCAAUAGAGAUUGGUGCAGUCCUGGCACAGUCUUGGUCCAGUCCAAGAACCGUUUUGGCACCAUCUUGGACCAGUCUUGUCACCAUUUUGGCACCAUCUUGGCUCAGUGUGGGAACCGUCUUGGCUCAGUCUUGGCUAAGUAUUGGCGCAGUCUUGGCACAGUCUGGGAACCGUCUUAGCACUGUCUUGGCACCAUCUUGGUGCCAUUUUGGCCCAGUCUUGAUGCAGUCUUGAUGCAGUCUUGGCGCAGUCCUGGCACAAUCCUGGAACCAUCUUGGCACCAUUUUGGCUCAGUCUUGGGUCAAUCUGAGAACCGUCUUGGCUCAGUCUUGGCACCGUCUUGGCUCAGUCUUGGUGCCAGCCUCGAGUGGUUAGUCGUUUUUUUUUUCUUUUUCUUUUAAAAUUGGCAUUUGGCAUUAAUCUAUUAUGUCUAUUAUCUAAUCUAAUUAAUCUACUCUAAACUGUUGGAGCGCGGUGGCUGCCUGACAGACCUAGUUCAGGGUGGAAGCUCCAGCUUCAGAAAGUGACUGUAGGGACAAAGGAGGAACAAAGGGUUUAAAAACUGUAAUAUGAUUUUUAUCUUUUUAUUUGCAAUCAAUGAACUUUUGUUGUUGUCAAAGUUUUAAAAAUUUGUAGAAGGUUUUCACCUUCGUUUAAUGAUUAUACAAUCAAAUUAUUCUUGCAGCAUUUGUCUGGUGUCACCUGAAGUCCCACUGUGUGAAUUAAACUAAACUUGCAAACUUUUCCUGAUAAACCUGUGAAAAGCCAACUUUUUCUAAGUUGUUCUGGAAAAGUCAUAAAAAAAAACCAACAAGCACCUUGUUUCUCAUUAAUAUGCUUUUCUGAAACUGGCAGCUACCUGAAACAACCUUGCUGCACUUCUGGGAAAACUUUCAGACUUUUUGGUUUUUAUUUUCCAACAUUAAGGAAAUAAUUUUUGACAUUUGUUAAUUUCCACAACUGACUAACUAAGUGUAAACUCCACACAAUACCUGACUGUACAGGACGACUGUGGAAAUAAAACACUCCUCUCAGGUGA